CUUUGCAGCGGGUGUUGAAUGUGGCGGCCGCCAGCCUCGGCGAAGGCGUGGGGAAGGAAGGGUGGGGUGAGGGGGUGAGGCCGGGGCGAGGCGGCGAAACUCUCCUCCCCCCCUACCCCAGCGCGUGGGCCGGCGCGGACGCGGCAUCGGAGGGAUGUCCGCCUUCUCCGAGGCGGCGCUGGAGAAGAAGCUGUCGGAGUUGAGCAACUCGCAGCAGAGCGUGCAGACCCUGUCCCUGUGGCUCAUCCACCACCGCAAGCACUCGCGGCCCAUCGUCACCGUGUGGGAGCGGGAGCUGCGCAAAGCCAAACCAAAUAGGAAGCUUACUUUUCUCUACCUAGCCAAUGAUGUCAUUCAGAACAGCAAACGGAAGGGCCCAGAGUUUACAAAAGAUUUUGCACCAGUGAUUGUGGAGGCUUUUAAGCAUGUUUCAAGUGAAACUGAUGAAAGUUGUAAGAAGCACCUUGGACGAGUUUUAUCUAUUUGGGAAGAAAGGUCUGUUUAUGAAAAUGAUGUAUUAGAGCAGCUUAAACAAGCUCUGUAUGGUGAUAAAAAGCCUAGGAAACGAACUUAUGACCAGAUCAAAGUAGAUGAAAAUGAGAACUGCUCUUCCCUGGGAUCACCAAGUGAACCGCCACAGACUUUAGAUCUUGUUAGAGCCUUACAAGAUCUAGAAAAUGCAGCAUCAGGUGAUGCAGCAGUUCAUCAGAGGAUCGCUUCUUUGCCAGUGGAAGUUCAAGAGGUAUCCCUGCUGGACAAGAUAACAGAUAAGGAGUCUGGAGAAAGACUUUCUAAGAUGGUAGAGGAUGCAUGUAUGUUGCUGGCAGAUUAUAAUGGCAGAUUGGCGGCAGAAAUAGAUGAUAGGAAGCAGCUCACUCGAAUGUUAGCAGAUUUCCUUCGUUGUCAAAAGGAAGCCCUUGCCGAAAAAGAGCAUAAAUUGGAAGAAUACAAGCGCAAGUUAGCCAGAGUUUCCCUGGUGCGCAAAGAACUCAGGUCCAGGAUCCAGAGCCUGCCGGACUUGUCUCGACUGCCCAAUGUCACUGGCAGCCACAUGCAUCUGCCCUUUGCGGGAGACAUCUACAGUGAAGACUGAUGAACAGUCUCUUUCCAGGGCCCAGAACUUUGUACAGAUGAAGACAGGUUAGAGGACUAGUCCUGUAGCGUUAUUUUUGUAUAUUAUUGAGAAAGUGAUGCUAACAAAAGAAAAAAAAACAAGUAAUUUAUAAAUUUGUUUGAAAUGUUGGUUUGUUUACUAUUUUAUUGGUAAGUUAACAUGACUUAGUUUUAAAAAGUGAUGUGUGUAUUGAUAUCUUCAUGAAUAUUGAUUAUUUUCAAAAGAUCUUUUUGUAUUUUUUUUUUAAUCCAGGGCCUUGUGAAAAAUUACGUUGCUAUG